GCAAAUCUCACUCUCCUCUCACCGCUGUCUCUCUACGGUUCGCUCAUCGUCUCGGCAGACACCGAGACAACAGUAUUCUCUUUUUCUCUAGAAACUUGGAAGCUGUGGUCUGAUACAGAGUGUUAAUGGCGGGAAACGACUGGAUUAACAGUUACUUGGAGGCGAUUCUGGAUGUGGGACCUGGACUUGAUGAUGCCAAAACGUCUCUGCUGCUGAGGGAGAGAGGGAGAUUCAGUCCCACUCGCUACUUCGUUGAGCAGGUCAUUACUGGCUUCGAUGAGACUGAUCUUCAUCGCUCAUGGGUUCGGGCGGCGGCGACGAGGAGUCCGCAGGAGAGGAAUACGAGAUUGGAGAAUAUGUGUUGGAGGAUUUGGAACCUGGCUCGACAGAAGAAGCAGCUUGAGGGAGAGGAGGCCCAGCGGAUAGCUAAACGUCGUCUUGAGCGUGACAGAGGCCGCAGAGAAGCAAUUGCUGAUAUGUCUGAAGACUUAUCAGAGGGAGAAAAAGGAGAUACUGUCAGUGAUAUUUCAGCUCAUGGUGAUAGCAUCAGAGGAAGAAUGCCUAGAAUCAGUUCUGUUGAUGCGAUGGAGACAUGGGUUAGUUAUCAGAAAGGAAAAAAGCUGUACAUUGUAUUAAUAAGCCUUCAUGGUCUAAUACGGGGUGAAAAUAUGGAGCUUGGCCGUGAUUCUGAUACUGGUGGUCAGGUUAAGUAUGUUGUUGAGCUCGCAAGGGCUUUGGGCUCAAUGCCUGGAGUUUACCGGGUUGAUUUGCUAACUAGACAAGUAUCAUCUCCAGAAGUAGAUUGGAGUUAUGGUGAACCUACAGAGAUGCUAACUCCACUGAAUUCCGAAAGUUUCAUGGAAGAUAUGGGGGAGAGUAGUGGUUCUUAUAUCAUCCGUAUACCAUUUGGUCCAAAAGAUAAAUACGUUGAGAAAGAACUUCUAUGGCCGUACAUCCCUGAAUUUGUUGAUGGCGCACUUAAUCACAUAAUACAGAUGUCUAAAGUUCUUGGUGAGCAAAUUGGUGAUGGGCAACCGGUCUGGCCUGUUGCCAUCCAUGGACAUUAUGCAGAUGCAGGUGACUCUGCUGCUCUUCUAUCUGGCGCUUUAAAUGUCCCGAUGCUUUUCACCGGUCAUUCACUUGGCCGAGAUAAGUUAGAACAACUUCUGAAACAAGGUCGAAUUUCAAGGGAUGAAAUAAAUACAACAUACAAAAUAAUGCGUCGGAUAGAGGCCGAGGAGUUGGCCCUGGAUGCUUCUGAAAUAGUUAUAACCAGCACUAGACAGGAGAUAGAGCAGCAAUGGCGCCUGUAUGAUGGUUUUGAUCCAAUACUAGAGCGUAAACUCCGAGCAAGGAUCAGACGUAAUGUGAGCUGUUAUGGCAGGUUCAUGCCUCGCAUGGUUAUAAUUCCUCCUGGGAUGGAAUUCCAUCAUAUUAUUCCACAUGAUGGUGAUAUGGAUGGUGAAACUGAAGGAAAUGAAGACCAUCCUCGUACUCCUGACCCGGUUAUUUGGUCCGAGAUAAUGCGCUUCUUUACCAAUCCACGCAAGCCUAUGAUACUCGCCCUUGCUAGACCAGAUCCUAAAAAGAACAUCACAACUUUGGUCAAAGCCUUCGGAGAAUGUCGUCCAUUGAGAGAGCUUGCUAAUCUUACAUUAAUUAUGGGUAACCGAGAUGGUAUUGAUGAAAUGUCCAGCACAAGUGCUUCUGUUCUUCUUUCAAUACUUAAGCUGAUUGACAAAUAUGAUCUUUAUGGUCAAGUGGCAUACCCUAAACACCACAAACAGUCCGAUGUUCCCGACAUUUAUCGUCUAGCUGCAAAGACAAAGGGUGUUUUCAUUAAUCCUGCUUUCAUCGAACCAUUUGGUCUUACCCUAAUUGAGGCUGCAGCAUAUGGUUUGCCUAUUGUUGCCACCAGAAAUGGAGGUCCUGUUGAUAUACAUCGGGUACUUGACAAUGGCCUUCUUGUUGAUCCCCAUGAUCAGCAGUCUAUUGCCGAUGCUCUUCUAAAGCUUGUAGCAGAUAAGCAGCUUUGGGCAAAAUGUCGACAGAAUGGGUUGAAAAAUAUUCAUCUCUUCUCAUGGCCAGAGCAUUGCAAGACUUAUCUAACUAAAAUAGCCAGUUGCAAACCAAGGCAUCCACAGUGGCAAAGAACUGAUGAUGGAACUGAAAAUUCAGAUACAGAUUCACCAGGAGAUUCCUUGAGAGAUAUACAGGAUAUAUCUUUAAACCUAAAGUUUUCAUUGGAUGGAGACAAGAAUGAAGCUAGUGGAAAUCCCGAAAAUUCUGAUGAGAAUGCUGUUGAUGGGAAGAGUAAGUUAGAGAAUGCUGUUUUGACAUGGUCGAAGGGUUUUGUAAGAGAUACACGGAAAGCUGGGUUCACGGAGAAGUCGGAUCAGAAUACCGGCACUGGAAAGUUCCCAGCUUUGAGGAGGAGGAAACAUAUUUUUGUCAUUGCGGUGGAUUGUGAUACCAAUACAGAUACUCUUGAAACUGCUGGAAAGAUACUCGAGGCAUUUGGAAAAGAAAAGACUGAAGGCUCUGUAGGGUUUAUACUCUCAACAUCAAUGUCCAUAUCCGAAGUUCACUCUUUUCUAGUCUCAGGGGGGCUGAGUCCUUCUGAUUUUGAUGCUUUUGUCUGCAAUAGUGGAAGUGAUCUAUAUUAUUCAUCUCUUACUUCGGAGGAGAGCCCUUUUGUGCUUGACUUAUAUUAUCAUUCACACAUCGAAUACCGUUGGGGCGGAGAAGGGUUGAGAAAGUCGUUGGUUCGUUGGACAGCUUCAAUUAAUGAUAAAAUGGCUGACAAUGAACGGAUUAUUGUUGAAAAUGAGCAAGUUUUAACUGAAUAUUGCUAUGCUUUUAAAGUUCAGAAGCCAGGAAUGGUACCUCCUGUCAAGGAGCUCCGGAAGUUGACGAGAAUUCAUGCUCUUCGUUGCCAUGUUAUUUAUUGUCAAAAUGGGACAAAGCUGAAUGUAAUUCCCAUAAUGGCGUCUCGUUCCCAAGCCCUCAGGUAUUUGUACGUCCGUUGGGGUGUGGACUUGUCCAAUAUAGUGGUUUUUGUGGGAGAGAGCGGGGACACCGAUUAUGAAGGAUUGCUUGGUGGGGUGCACAAAACUGUAAUUUUGAAGGGAGUUUGUGCAAGCAAUCAACUCCAUGCAAACCGAACCUACCCUCUUACUGAUGUGGUGCCAUUUGACAGCCCCAACAUUGUUCAAAUGACUGAAGAUUGCAGUGGCUCAGACAUCAGGAGUUCCUUAGAGAAAGUAGGGGUCCUCAAGGGCUAGAAACUCAAAGCCUUGGGAGAUUACAAUUAUAAGGUCUUGGGGAGAUAAUACUUACAUGGAGCUCUGUCUUUAUAUCUAUCUGGUCUUUCCUCUUCAUGCUGCCUUCAAAUCUGCAACUCAAUGAAGAGCCAUCUCUUCGUUGUGGUACCAUUUCCUCCUGAAUUAUGAAUCAUGAUUUUGGUAUAUAUUCUUUUGGGUUUUCCCUUAAAAAAUCGUCCUCUGUCUGGCCCUUGGCCAAUGUUUCUCAGAGUCCAACUUCUGUUGUAGCUGUACAGCUUAUGUGCUCAUGGGGCCUGGGCUUUUGCUGUGGCCCUUGGUCGUGCCCUUUUCCCUCUCUUGUAAAACAAGGUUUUGUGUUGUUUUCUGUAAUAAAAGAAAAGGUGGCAGGAAGCUAUUUUCUUGGUUGGUUGUA